AAUCACUCGCCCUCUUCCUGCCUCCCAUCCUUUUCCACUCCACUCUGAUGCCAUCUCGUGUAACAGCAGUAGGAGCGGAAGGAGGAGCAUCAGCGGAGGAAGCUUAACAGACAUGAGGAGGAGGCUUCUUCGCGUCUCUUGUUGCUCUUCGCCGUCUCCCCUCUUCGUUCUCGUUUGCUUCUGCUUCGUUUUGGUGAGAGCGAGUGACUUGGAGCUGCUGGUCGCCUUCAGGGCGUCGAUCCCCAACCCGGAGAUCCUUCCGAGUUGGUCGGGCCAGGCGCCGUGCUCCUUCGAGGGGGUCGCUUGCGACGCCGAAGGCCGGGUCGCCGCCGUCGACCUCCGCGGCGUCCGCCUCGACGCUGAGUUCGGCGCCGUAUACUCCUCGCUCCUCGCCCUCGGCGGACUCCGGAGGCUCGCCCUCCGCGGCGUCAAUCUCACCGGAAGCAUAGCAGACGCCGGAGCCGGGCGCUGUGGUGGCCUGCUCUCCGAGCUCGACCUUUCCGCCAACUCCCUCCGUGGCUCCCUCUCCGAUGCCCGCGCUCUCGCCGCGCUUUGCUCGGGGUUGAAGUCGCUGAAUCUCUCUGGCAACUCCAUCGGUGGGGUUGUUCCGCCUUCGGCGGGCUCCGCCACCGGGUUCGGGCCGCUCCAAACUCUCGAUCUUUCGUUCAACAAGGUCACCGGAGAAGACGACCUUCCGUGGUUGUUUUCCAGCCUCGCCGGGCUCCGCCGUCUUGACCUCGUCGGAAACCACCUUAAUGCCGGGAUCCCGGCGAUCAGCAACUGCUCCAGUUUGCAGCAUCUCAACCUCUCGGCUGCCGGCCUGAUCGGUGAGCUCGAUGAGGGGGUCUUGGGCGGAUGCCAGAGCUUGCUCUACCUCAACCUCUCCUCCAACCAUCUCGUCGGUACUCUACCCUCCGAUCUCUCCUCCUGCUCUUCCCUAACCUCUGUUAGCCUCUCCAACAACAACUUCUCCGGCGAGAUUCCGAUAGCUACCUUCGCCGCGAUGCCCAACCUCAAAUCCCUUGAGCUCGCCUUCAAUAGCUUCAGCGGCGGCCUCGGUGACUCGAUCGCGGAGCUGCCGCAGCUCCAGGUGCUCGACCUCAGCUCCAACAACUUCAGUGGGCCGAUUCCGUCGGGGCUCUGUGCAAACCCUAGCUUCGCGCUCGAGGAGCUCUACCUACAGAACAACAACUUCUCUGACUCUAUCCCUGAUUCGUUGAGCAAUUGCACAAAUCUGGUCUCCCUCGAUCUCAGCCUCAACUACAUCUCCGGUAGCAUCCCCGCCAGCUUGGGCUCCCUCUCCUCCCUCCGCGAUCUCAUCAUGUGGCAGAACUCUCUGGAGGGAGAGAUCCCGGCGGAGCUCUCCGCCAUCCGAACUCUAGAAAACCUAAUCCUCGACAACAACGGCCUCACCGGGACGAUUCCGGCGGGACUCGCCGACUGCGCCAAUCUGAACUGGAUCUCCUUGUCGAGCAACCGCCUCAGCGGCCGGAUCCCCUCUUGGAUAGGCCAGCUUCGGAACUUGGCCAUCUUGAAGCUAGACGACAACUCCUUCUCCGGCCCCAUCCCGCCAGAGCUCGGCGAAUGCAAGAGCCUGAUAUGGCUCGACCUCAACAGCAACCAGCUCAACGGCUCCAUCCCUCCUGCUCUAGCCAAGCAAUCCGACAAAAUCGCAGUCGGCUUGGUUACCGGCAAACGUUAUGUUUAUCUCCGCAACGACGGGAUCAGCGACCGGUGCCGUGGGACUGGCAGCCUGCUGGAGUUCGCCGGGAUCAGGCAGGAGAACCUCAAUCGACUGCCCGAUCACCAGUUCUGUAACUAUACCAGGGUCUACAUGGGGAGCAUGGGAUACACGUUCAACAACAACGGAUCCAUGAUCUUCCUCGACCUCUCUUUCAACCAACUGGCCGGUGAGAUUCCAAUGGAGAUUGGGCAAAUGUACUACCUCAUGAUCCUCAACCUCGGUCACAAUUCUCUCUCCGGCCUCAUUCCAUCAGAGCUAGGGAAUCUGCGCUUCAUCGCCGUGCUCGACCUCUCCUACAACUCUCUCGAGGGCCCGAUUCCUUCUUCCUUCUCGCGUCUCGGUUUGUCGGAGAUCAAUCUCUCCAAUAACAAGCUCAACGGGACGAUACCCGAAUUGGGGCCGCUGCCAACCUUCUCACCGAAUAGGUACGCGAACAACUCGGGGCUCUGUGGACUACCUCUCCCGCCCUGCCAAAGCAAUGCGGGCGUCCACUCCGGCGACCAGAAACAGAGCACCCACCGGAGACGAGCCUACGUCGCCGGAAGUGUCACGAUGGCAGGUUUCGUCGCCCUCUUUUGCCUUUUCGGCCUUCUUAUCAUCGUCUUCGAAAACAGGAAGAGACAGAGGAAAGAAAAAGGCUACAACGAUAACUCAAGAGACAUCUACAUCGACAGCCGUUCCUUCUCUGGCACCGGCGGCAUCUCCAAUUGGAAGCUGGCCGCUCUGACCAAGGAGACCGUUGUCAUCAACCUCACCGCGUCCGAGAAGCCCCUCAUGAAGCUCACUCUGGCCGACCUCGUCGACGCCACAAACGAAUUCCACAACGAUUGCUUGGUUGGCUCGGGCGGAUUCGGGGACGUCUACAAGGCUCAGCUCAAGGACGGGAACGUCGUCGCCGUGAAGAAACUUAUUCACGUCAGUGGCCAGGGCGACCGCGAGUUCACCGCCGAGAUGGAGACCAUUGGCAAGGUGAAGCACCGCAACCUGGUUCCUUUGCUCGGCUACUGUAAGGUGGAAGAAGAGCGGCUUCUGGUGUACCAGUUCAUGAAGCACGGGAGCCUCGAUGACGUACUGCACAAGAGAAACAAAGGGUGCAUCAAAUUGAACUGGGAGGCCCGGCGGAAGAUCGCCGUGGGUGCGGCCAGAGGCCUGGCGUUCCUCCACCAUAACUGUAUCCCCCACAUCAUUCACCGGGACAUGAAAUCCAGCAACGUCCUUCUCGACGACGACCUGGAAGCCAGGGUCUCCGACUUCGGCAUGGCGAGGCUUAUGAACGUGGUGGACACGCAUUUGAGCGUCUCCACGUUGGCGGGCACACCGGGGUACGUGCCGCCGGAGUACUACCAGAGCUUCCGGUGCACCACCAAGGGAGACGUGUACAGCUACGGCGUAGUGCUGCUGGAGCUCCUCACCGGCCGGCCUCCUACCGACUCGCCGGAGUUCGGGGACAACAACAACCUGGUGGGAUGGGUGAAGCAGCACCCGAAGCACCGGAUCAGAGAGGUGUUCGACCCGGAGCUACUGGAGGAGAAGCUCCACCCGAGCAUGGAAUUGGAGCUCUGCGAGCACCUCAAGAUCGCCUACGCUUGCCUCGACGAGCGGCAAAUGCGGCGGCCGACAAUGCUCAAGGUCAUGGCCAUGUUCAAAGAGAGACAGGCGGUGGGUUCCACCGUCGAAACGCCGGCGAUCCUGAGGGAAGACGCCCUCAUCGAGGAACCGCACAUGAUCAGCGUCAAGGAAGAGAAAGAAGAUAAAUUCUAAGGUCAAAUUUUCCAUUAUUGUGGCAGGAAUUUUUCCCCAAUAAUGGUAAUGGUCGCUCCCUCCCCUCCCUCCAAUGUAUCGUAAUAUUCCUGCCCUGUGGCCAUGAUUUUUCUUCGUUUCUUUUGUGUUCCAUACAAAUUUAUCUUUUCAUGUACAUACAAAAGCGAAUAUUUCCUAGCUACA